GAUCCAGAAGCGCCAUGAUAGCAUCUACAAUGUAUUAGAUUUAAAUCGAAAGGUUUCUGAGCGAGCGUGCACUGCAUGGGAGUGUUUACAUUGGUCUACGAGCUCCUUUUCACUUGUUUGCUCUCUCUGAUUAAAAUCUGGUUGUAAUACAUGGAAAAUAUCAUUUAGAAUUGAUGUUAUUAAAGAUUGAAAUGAUGGAAUGCGCCAGUCUUGUGGUGAUCAUAUGGAUUUUGAUGAAAGUACAUCCAACGUCCAGCUUCAGUAGUGCAAAAUAUAUCUGGCCGCUUACUGACUCGACUUUCAAUUACGAGAAAACAUCCUCUACACCAGGAAACUACACUCAAUGUGGAUUUCACUUCGAUGGUAACCAUCCUUCAUUUUCCGGACUCCCGUUAAAGUUAGACGCCUACAGUUUUCCCUUCAUAGAGAUAAACAUUGGCGACGCCAAUGAAUUCAAAGACUUUUCUUUUGCGAUGUCCGUUAAUAUUUCUGGUUCUACGGGUUGUAUAUUCCAUUUCAAAUCCAUGACUUCACCUGAUACCAUCACGGACGUCAGUGUGUGUAUUGACGGUACAACGCUGACAAUGGAUUUGUUACCAGACCCUGGAGCCCUCCCUCCUUCCCACUCCGUACCAUCGCUCCAAGGUCAGUGGGUCAUGAUACAGGCAGGGCGAAGUCAGUCAUCUUCUGAGAUGAAAUUCAUUGUAAGCACCGCCACCGGUCUAAUAAAUCUCACAAAGACAUCCGAUUCAUAUGGUUCUAAUGUCAAAUUGGGCUUGCCCGGAAUUCUUCGGAUCGGAGCGAAGCAUGACAACAGCAUGGCGCUAUCUAUGAUGGUGACUUGCAUUACCAUGUACGUCGUAACUACAAAUACAGGAAGUGACGUCAGUUCAAUCGAAAAUGAAUGCAAAUCUACACCAUCGGUAUCAGGUCUACCUGCCACUUCCUCAACUGGAUGUCCAUUUCUUCUCACCACUCAAUUUCAAACUACUCCGCAAACAACCAAUCCCAUUUCAACAGAGAUGACAUCACAGUCGACACAAACAACCAAUCCCAUUUCAACAGAGAUGACAUCACAGUCGACACAAACAACCAAUCCCAUUUCAACAGAGAUGACAUCACAGUCGACACAAACAACCAAUCCCAUUUCAACAGAGAUGACAUCACAGUCGACACAAACAACCAAUCAAAUCUCGACAGAAAUAACAACACCAAUGUCGCAAACAACCAAUCAGAUAUCGACAGAGAUGACAGCAAGUGUAACGAGUACAUCAUUUACAACACAGACGGUUUUGACAACGGAAACACAAUCCGCCCAGUUUACGACUAUGACAGUGACGGCGGAGACUAAUACUUUAACCGCACAGUGCAAUCGAGCAGAGUUGGGGUCUUCUCCACAAAAGAGAAGUGGAUCUUUUAUUCGCGUGAAAGAAAACGAAAUUUUCAAUGAUCCAGACAAUCUUAUUGGAAGUGUGAACGUAGGUAACAAGAAAGAGUGUGCUGUGGCUUGUUUUGAAGUUGACGAUUGUUUGUCGUUUUUGUACAGGUAUAAUACUGGCGGACCAUCUCCUUGUUCUUUAUUCAAAACUCUUAUCCCGUCCAACGGAACUCAUAUGUUGAAUAGUCAUCUUUACAUUGUGAAGUGUCAGUGAAACUUUCGAUUUUUUAAAGUUGUCUUUGUUUUUUGUUUUGUUUUUAGCUCACGUGAGCUGAAAGCUCACUCAGGUGAGCUUUUCUGAUAACUUUUUGUCCGGCGUCCGUUUGUCCGUCCGUCUGUGUGUAAACUUUUAACAUUUUUGACUUCUUCUCCAGAACCACUGGGCCAAUUUCAAUUAAACUUUACACAAGGCAUCAUUAGGUAAAGGGGAUUCAAAUUUGUUAAAAUGAAGGGCCACACUUUAUUUCAAGGGAAGAUAAUUAGGAUAUAUUGAAAAUUUGUCAUUAUUUUUCAAAAAUCUUCUUCUCCAAGCUGAAACUUGUGUGGAAGCAUCCUCAGGUAAAGUAGAUUGAAGCUUUUUAAAUCUAGUCCCCGGGGGUAAGGUGGUGCCAGAAUGGGGGUCAAAGUUUUACAUAGAGUAUAUAGAGUAAAUCUUUUAAAAUCUUUUUCUCAAAUACCAAUCAGCCAGGAAAGCUGAAACUUGUGUGAAAGCAUCAUUCUGUAGUGUAGAUAAAAAUGUGUUCAAAUCAUGGUCCCUGGGGGUAAGGUGGGGGCACAAUGGGGGUCGAACUUUUACAUAGGAAUAUAUUGUGCAAAUCUUUCAAAAUCUUCUUCUCAGAAACCGAUCAGCCAGGAAAGCUAAAACUUGUGUGGAAGCAUCCUCUGGUAGGGUAGAUUCAAGAUUGUUCAAAUCAUGACCCCGGGGUAGAGUGGGGUGGGCAAGGGGGCAAAAAGAAAAUUUUUAAAGUAUCUUUUUCUAAAGACCACUUGCCUAGAAAAACUGUAACUUUAAUGUAAGCUGAUUAUAAACAUAAAAAUAUCCAGGGUAAAAAUGGACUUUUAUUUAUUAUAUAUUUGUUAUUAUUAUUUAUUAUUUAUACAGGAUCUUUAUACAGGAUCUAUUAUACUUAAUUGUCCAGAUAGUUUGUAUUAAGACUCCGUUAAGCUGAUUUUAAAAAAUAGCUAUUGUUGCUCGGGUGAGCGAUGUGGCCCAUAUGCAUCUUGUUGUACUCGCUUUUGUUUUGUUUUUGUGUGUGGGUAUGUAGACGAUAAAAAAAAUAUACUGUAAUUCAUCCUUGGUAAUUGAUUGGUAAUCGAGUUAAAUUAACCACACAAAGCAGCUCUGGCGUUCAAUGGUAUGCCUCCUAACUCUCAAGGUGUAGUUGCUAACCGAGACUAACCAUGUGGAUACUUAGUAUUAUUAUUUUUUACUUACCCAAUUGCUUUUGAAGGAAUCAUCUUUAUUUUAUUCCGACCGAUCUUCAUUCAUUUUUUACUAAUGUUGUAGAAAAUGUACGUUGGCAUUCCUUUACUAUGUUAUUUCAAAUGAAUGGAGAUAGCAAAAAAUGCUGAAAAUCAUAGAUUGUUCAAAAUAUAAAAAAAAAUCAUUUUGCAAAGUUAAGAUACCUGUGUUGCAUCUUCGUUCGUUAUUUCUCCACUCUUCAUCAACCUUAAUAAGAAAAAAAAUAUUCAUUAAAUAUGCUAUUAAUUUAAUUUUGCAAUUCAUAUUUCUACUUCUGAAUAUUUUUUCUUCACUGAAUGGCUUUGGCCUACAUGCUUAUCCUAAAAUGGGGCUUUAUAGAGAAUUUUCGAUAUACUAUAUUUUUUCAUAGCUCUCAUUCAAAAAAAAAGGGAAUGAAGAUGGGCUUAGUUUCCGAAAUAUAUUCGAAGAAAAGUUGACUUAAUGUGUUUCAUUUCAUAAACUCUAGUGUACAAGUUAUCCAGAUAAUUUGAGUCCAAAGAGAACAUAACAUUGCAACAAAAUCUCGAACUCGAGUUCAAUGACGUGUUUAUAGAUAUAAAUGACUAUUUUGAAAAAUAUCAAUAAAUAUUUACAUUUU